ACGCAGAAUGGUAUGCUCUGUUGAAAUGCCUGUGCUGAGCGACUGUGUAAGGGCUCAUUCACAGAGAGCACACACGGGGGCAGGACCUGCACAGGAUUGCUGUAGGUCUGAUCUCUGCAAAUGGUUCUAAAAAUUCCUCUCCGGAGAUCUCUCAGCCUAAGCCCUGAACAUCAGCCUUCUACAGGUCCAGCAGAGAUGACUGGACCCACUGCACUAAAAAUGGAAGCUAAUAUUUUGGUCCUUGGUGCAGAUGGGGUAGGUAAAUCAGCUUUAACUGUUCGCUUUUUAACCAGACGGUUUAUUGGCGAAUACGGGGAACUUGAAUCUAUAUAUAGCCAUAAUGUAACUGUUGAUGGAAAGGAAGUACUAUUUAAUAUUUGGGAUUAUCCAUAUUUAAAGGAUCCGACAGAUGAAAAUUGCGCAGAAGAAGAAAAACGUAUCCAGUGGGCCGAUGGAUUUGUUCUUGUGUACAGUAUCUGUGACAGAGCAAGUUUCAAUGUCAUCUGUCAAACAAUUCAGCUUAUCAAGGCUGCCAAAGACUGUAUAGGUCCAGAGAAGCUACCUAUUGUGAUUGUAGGCAACAAGCGUGAUCUGCAUCACUUACGCAAUGUAUCAAGCGAGGAAGGGAGGCUUCUGGCCCUGUCUAUGGACUGCGACUUUUAUGAGGUUUCAGCAGCCGAAGCUUAUCAUGGUGUUUUGAUGGUUUUCCAUGGCUUGGUGGACAAGAUUAAAGAGUCAAAGCUUGUUACAAAGAGAGGAACAGGAAUACGAGGUAUCGUAAAGAGCAUGUCAGCUGUGUUUGCCAGGAGAAGAACAGACUCUCUCUAAUAUCUAAAUAAAAUUGGCUUGCCAUUGUUGAUGCGAAACACAAGUUUAACAUCUGGGAUCUGUGACUUUAUAUUGCAAAAUUCUGUCUAUGUGGAUAGACUUCUAUGCCAUUUGGAUAUGUAUAUAGUGCUACACCUAGAUACCUGUGUCUGUAUAGUCUUCAGUUCACUACACUGAUCAUUGAAGUUCUUCUUUCGGGGUGCAUUAGUUAAAUACAUUUUUGUGAUUCCACUUAAAAACUGCCACAAGUGCUUUAUUAUUGUAAAAUGUUUCCAUUUUCAUUGUUCUGUUUUGACCAGUGAUUGUGUUCCUGACACUAU